ACAGUACACACCAGUUGAUAGGAAAGCCUCUUCCCACCUGCCCUUCAUUUACCUGACAGGAAGAAAACAAGGCUGACUGUUAAUGUGGGUUCAGCAUUUAAAGUUUAUGAUGCUGCAUGGCUGCGUCGCUGGUGUUCAGACUGCAUGACAGAGGUCCUGAGCUGGUGAGGGAGGUCCUCCUGGAGCGAGGAUGGGAGGAAUAUGAUGAAGGACAACGAGAGGAGGAAGACUGGAAUCUCUACUGGCGAGGCUCAGCGUUUCGCAACUCUGAAUAUUACAACUUGUUGCCAUGGCAGCGCCUCAACCACCAUCCAAAAACUGUUGGUAUCACGCGCAAGGACUGCUUGGCACGCAACCUGAGGAGGAUGAGAGCCACGUUUGGUUCGGCUCUCUAUGACUUCAGUCCCACCGCCUUCAUCCUCCCCAACGACUUCACCCGCUUCCUGGCUGAAUACAACAACCUGCGUCUGACCGGAGAACUGUCGGUCUACUGGAUCUGUAAACCCGUGGAUCUCUCCAGAGGCAGAGGGAUCUUCAUCUUUGAGAAUAUGAAGGACUUGGUGUACGACAGCUCUGUGAUCGUACAGAGGUACAUCAGCAACCCUCUGCUGAUCUCCGGCUACAAGUUUGACCUGAGGAUCUACGUGUGUGUGAAGAGCUUUCAUCCUCUGACUGUUUACAUUCAUCAGGAAGGCCUGGUGCGUUUCUCCACUGAAAAAUACAACCUGUCGUCUUUGCAAAACCUGUACGCUCACCUCACCAACACCAGCAUCAACAAGUUCGGUCCUUUCUAUAAAUCCGAGAAGGAGCGGGUGGGCCAAGGAUGCAAGUGGACCAUGAGCAAGUUCAGACAUUUCCUCCACAGCCAAGGAAUCAACGAGCUUCUCUUGUGGCAGAAGAUCAACAACAUCGUCACCCUGACCCUCCUCACCAUCGCUCCCUCCGUCCCGUCCUGUCCCAACUGUGUGGAGCUGUUCGGCUUUGAUAUCCUGAUCGAUGUGAUGUUUAAACCCUGGCUGCUGGAGGUCAACUACAGCCCUGCAUUGACUCUGGACUGCCAAGCGGAUAUUACGGUGAAAAAGGGGCUAAUCAGUGAUCUGAUUGAUUUAAUGAACUACACAUCGAUUGACGGUUUGAGAGAGAGAGCUUAUCAGAGGCAAGGGUGCAAGCCGCUCUGUUUUCAUGCUAACCAACCUACAUACGUUUCGAUACCUGUGCUCUCAAACUUUAAAGAACCCAACAUUCAGAAGAAAAGAAGAGGCAGCCAGUCUCCACAAACUCAAACCCUCCCUCUGUUAAAAACUCUUCGCCAGCCUGACAAGACGAGCCAAAGGAAGUCCAGACAUCAUGCUUUUGUAUCUGGCUGCCAAAGACACCUGCCCCUUGUUGACUUUAACAAGAUAUACGCUGCCAGGGGCAGAAUAAUUAACAGCAACACAGCCGCGGCUACCAAACCCCACACAGACAAGAACCUAAACCUGAUACUCGGCCCACAUUCAAGCACGAACAUGUCAGCGGUGAACAGACAGACGUGUCCGGCUCUUGCACCGUGCCUGAUGGGCAACAGGAGUCUUGACGUGUCUGAGCUUACAAACCAUGACGACACCGAAACAGAAACCGAGACGCAGGCCUCAGCAGAGACAGACGUUUCCUCUUCGAUACCUGAUAUCCCUCAGCGGGGGUUGCGGUUCAGGAGUUCUGCUGCGUCCUGCAAGCUCCCAAACAUCCACAGUGGGAGACUCAGGCCAGUAAAAAUCCCUUUGGAUGGAAACACAGCAUCGAACAGACAACAUAUUCCUCCAGUGAGAGUUGGAGGCUUCAUACGGACUUUCCCGUUUAACACAGCGACGCUGAAGGCCUCACGACACACACUGGAUGUGAAGAUAAUCAUACAGGAGCUUCACAAGCUGACCGGUCAGCUGGCUGCAGGCCAAUCAGUCAAGAAGAAGUCGAGGAGUGAAGAGGAGAAAACGAAGAAGGACACAGAUGGAGAGGAAGGAUUUGAUUCACUGUUCUGGGGACCAAAAGAUCCUCCAUUGCUCAGUCAGUGCUUAAAACAGGUUUAGUUCCCUUUUUUUUCUGGAUUUGGUGCUAAACAAACAACUUGUUCCUCCUAGAUAGUUAUAUCUCUUCCAGAGAAACUGGCAACGUAGAAAACGUCACCAAAGCCUGUCUGUGCCAGCAUGGUUUCUCUCCAGGUUCUCAGGCUUCCUCCCACAGUCUAAAAACAUGCAGGUUUGGUUAACUGGUGACUCUAAAUUGCCUGUAGAUGUGAAUGUGUGAAUGGUUGUCUGUCUCUAUACUAUGUCAUGCUCCCUCAUGACCCGCUAGAAGAUAAGCAGUAAGAAAUGGAUGGAUGGAUAGAUGGAGUGAUAGUCACUUUUUCCCAGUGAAGAGUAGAUAAGGGCGGAAAACAAAAGUUCUUACAGUCACAGUGACAUUUAUCAAUAACAAUAUAUUUCAACCAAAACUUUUAAUUUUUCAGUUGAGUUUGUGAGUACUGGCGCUGACUUUUCACUCUUGUACAAUCUUAAAGAGAAUAAAUGACGUAAAGCUACAUGCAACAGACAAUUAGCAGAGACGUAAAAGUUUAUCAGAUAACUCGUUAAGAUGAGUGACAAGUGUCGACCAAAUGAAAUAUCAGAAUGUGAGAUAAACAAUAAUGAAACAAGGAUUGAAUUAGUUAAUUUUCUUUAACAUUUUAUUGUUCCAUGAUCAUUUACUUGAUACAUGAGAGUGAAAUACAAAGAGAUACACUUCAUUUUCUACUACUGUUUAGAUACAAACUGUAUUUCACUGGUUGUGUACUUGACAAUAAAGUUGAAUCUAAUCCAAUCUAAAAGAAUCUAUAAUCUAUGAUUGUUGGUUUACUGAUCUUUGUUUGUACAAUAAGAGUUUCCUCCCAACACUACAUCUAUACUCACUCUGUCUCACA